GCAUGAGCCGCAGUUCUGCCUCUCCCUUCGCCGCAUCCUCUACGGCGGCUGUAGGAGGACAUUCUUUAAUUUCACCACAGCUCCUCUUCGUUAACGAUAUUUAUAACUUUUAAACUUAAAUCAACGUGAAUUCGAUUGUCGAUGUGAACUGUCGAUGUUGGAGAAGUCGGUUAGAACGUAGCGGCGCCUGGAAAUGGACGUUGUAACAGGAAUGGAAAUGAUGCGGUUUGCUGUCUAAAGCGGCAACGCCACUUUUGACUCUUUCCAGAAGCAACUCGGCGGGUGAAUGGACGACUAGAUUUAGGGAACAAACGACCGAGUCGAUCGAAAACAGAACGAAAAUGAUGAAAUCGCCCUCCUGUGUGGGCUAAUGAGCUAGUUAGCCAUAGUAGCGGCUUCCCUGGAAAAAGAAAUACGCCUGCUGUGGACCGAACCGGACUCUAAAACUCCACUGACCUAUACACCUACAGCCAUGGAAGAGGAGGUGGCGGUCGUGGGUGUGGAAUAUUUGCUGGAGCAGGUGAUGCAGAAGGACAUGGGGAAGAGGCUCCAGGUGGGUCAGGAGAUCACGGAGCUCAUUCUGGACCAGGAGCGUACCCCGGAUCUGGAAAAGGACCAGACCAUGUUGGAUCGGACAGUGGACGCCGUGGCCAGCUCCUGGGUCAACUCAAAUAACUUUAAAGUGGUGUUAUUUGGGAUGGACAUCCUUUCAGCUCUGAUCACACGACUUCAGGAAAGAUUCAGGACUCAGGUGGGCACAGUGCUUCCUAGUUUGAUUGAUCGUCUUGGAGAUGCCAAGGACCAAGUGAGAGACCAAGACCAGUCUCUGCUGCUAAAGUUGAUGGACCAGGCUGCCAACCCACAGUACGUGUGGGAAAGGUUGAUGGGAGGUUUUAAACACAAGAACUACAGGACCAGAGAAGGACUCUGCCUCUGUCUCAUCUCAACACUCAAUGUGUUUGGAUCUCAGAGUUUAACACUCAGUAAGAUGGUCCCUCAAAUCUGUAACCUGCUUGGAGAUCCGAACAGUCAGGUUCGUGAUGGAGCCAUGAAUUGUCUAGUAGAGAUCUACCGUCAUGUGGGAGAGAGAGUUCGGAUCGACUUGGGCAAGAAGGGACUGCCGCAGUCUUGGUUAAAUGCCCUAUUCAGCCGCUUUGAUGAAGUCCAGAGGUCUGGAAACAUGGUGCCAUCACCAGUUUCAGAUAAGAAUUUGGAUGACGAUGACUCUGUGGAUGGCGGGCGCUCUUCGUCCUCCUCCAGAACCGGAUCGUCUUGUGGGAGGAAAAACGUGAGCAUGGGGUCAUUCAGACGCCCUGCCCCUCCCUCAGGAGCGUCUGGCAACAAGGGAGCUGGCAGGGACGGUCUGGCUGCUGGUGCUGUGGAUGAGGAAGACUUCAUCCAGGCGUUCGAGGAUGUUCCAACAGUCCAGAUUUAUUCAAACAGAGAGGUGGAGGAAACAAUGACAAAGAUCAGAGAUGUUUUGUCGGAUGACAAGAAAGACUGGGAGCUGAGAGUGGCGGCGCUUAAGAAGGUUCGCUCUUUGCUUCUGGCUGGCGCAGCAGAUUAUGAAGGGUUUCUGCCUCAGCUGCGGCUGAUGGAGCCUCUGUUCAAACAGUCUGCAAAAGACCUGCGUUCACAGGUUGUUCGGGAGGCUUGUAUCACAUUAGGACACCUGUCUUCAGUAUUGGGGAGCCGAUUUGACCAUGCAGCAGAAUCGGUUCUGCCAGCCCUUGUAAACCUUGUCCCCAACAGUGCAAAGGUCAUGGCCACAUCAGGCAUUGCCGCUAUCCGUCUCCUCCUAAGGCACACACAUUACCCUCGUCUAAUCCCCAUCAUCACCAGCAACUGUUCCUCCAAGUCCGUGGCAGUCAGGAGACGUUGUUAUGAGUUUUUGGACCUGGCCCUGCAGGAGUGGCACACAAGCUCCCUGGAGAGACACUCUGCCUUGCUCACAGAGACUAUCAAGAAAGGAAUCUAUGAUGCAGAUGGAGACGCUCGGGCCGUGGCCAGAAGAUGUUACUGGAGCUUCCACGCUCACUUCACCCGGGAGGCGGAGAGCCUGUUUCAGAGUCUAGAGGCAUCCUACCAGAGGGCGCUGCAGGCCCAUCUAAGGAGUGGAGACAGUGCAAUGUCACUGCCAGUGUCUGGCCGCUCAUCUUCAUCUUCCCAAGAGAGUCUGAAUCGACCCCUGAGUGUGAAGAGCACCGCUGGUCGAGUGAAAGCUCCUCAACCCUCCAGAACCCCCAUCACCUCUUCCAGUUCCCUCCAAAGAUCUCGCAGUGAUGUCGAUGUUAAUGCUGCAGCCUCAGCUGCAAGUCAUACACGCAUGACACCGGUGUCCUCCACUGCUUCAUCCUCCACAUUUAGCACCCUUCCUCCUGGAUCCUACGCCUCACUCGACGACUCAUGGUCUGUGAAUGGUGAUGGUCGAGUUCGUACUCGCAGGACAAGUGCAGGAAACGGGGCGACGGUGACAGACAGUCGUGGUCGCAGCAGAGGGAAGGUGGUCUCACAGUCUCAACCUGGCAGCAGGUCUGGCUCUCCAGGAAGACUCCUAAGCACCACUUACAGAAGAAUCCCACGGCCAACUGUAGGCCCCACCCACUCCAGCAGUAGUGUGAGUCGGCCUCGAGGUCACCGUAGUCAAGGAUGCAGUCGUGAGACAAGCCCGUCCAGAGCCGGUGCAGCCCGCAGCAGAAUCCCUCGCCCCAGCAUGAGUCAAGGCUGUAGCCGCGAAACCAGUCGCGAGAGCAGCCGAGACCCCAGCCCCUCUCCCCUUGAUCGUUUAUCUGAACACUCUCGGCUCUCAGCCUCCGUGAACGCCAUGAAGAUCCUCAACACCAGCACAGAGGUGGAGGCAGCUGUAGCUGAUGCUUUGCUGUUAGGAGACUCCAGAAGUAAGCGACGGCCGGUCCGUCGGAGGUUUGAAUCCCCGGGUAUGAACUCGGAUGACGACGCCAACAGUGACGCAUCCAGUGCCUGUUCAGAGCGCUCCUACAGCUCCAGGAACGGCGGUGCUGCUCCACUCUACCUUCGACAGACGGAGGACGUGGCCGAGGUGCUCAAUCACUGCGCUAGCUCCAACUGGUCUGAGAGGAAGGAGGGUCUCCUUGGUCUGCAGAACUUGCUCAAGAGCCACCGCACACUCAGUCGUGUGGAGCUGAAGAGGUUGUGUGAGAUCUUCACCAGGAUGUUUGCAGAUCCCCAUAGCAAGGUGUUCAGCAUGUUCUUGGAGACUCUGGUGGACUUCAUUGUGCUGCAUCGAGACGACCUGCAGGACUGGCUCUUCGUAUUGCUCACACAGCUGCUGAAGAAGAUGGGUGCUGAUCUGCUUGGGUCUGUUCAGGCCAAGGUCCAAAGAGCACUGGAUGUAACCAGGGAGUCCUUUCCGUGCGAUCAUCAGUUCAACAUCCUGAUGCGCUUCAUUGUGGAUCAGACUCAGACGCCAAACCUAAAGGUGAAGGUGGCGCUGCUGCGCUAUGUGGAGGCGUUAACUCGUCAAAUGGAUCCCACCCACUUUGUCAACACCAGUGAGACGCGCCUCGCUGUGUCACGCAUCAUCACCUGGACGGCUGAGCCCAAGAGUUCCGAUGUGCGCAAGACCCUCCAUAACUGGGGAGGGCCAGAGGUCUCAAGCCGACCCGUCAGAAGCACUGCCCCCCUUCCGGGGGAUAGCAGCUUGGAAGAGCAGUGCAAGCAGGCGGCUCAAGUGGUUCUGAUCUCUCUGUUUGAGCUGAACACUCCUGAGUUCACGAUGCUUCUCGGAGCGCUUCCUAAAACCUUCCAGGAUGGCACCACCAAACUGCUGCACAGCCACCUGAGAAAUGUGGGCGCUGCAAGCAACAUUUCUACGGCUUCUCCAAGCAACUCUGGGCGAUCUCUGCCCCGCCAGUCAAGCAGUCGCAGCAGCCCGCUCACCUCACCAACCUCCUGCUCUCAUGCCUCAUUGUCACCCAGCGCUCUAGAGGAUGACAGCGAGAACCUGAACUCUGAGGAACUGUACAGCUCACUCCGUGGUGUCACAGAGGCCAUCCAGAACUUCAGCUUCCGCAGCCAAGAGGACUUAAUGGAGCCCCUCAGGCGGGAGGGCAGGAGGGAGAUGUUAGGGGGCGGAGCUUCGACCGAUUCCGAUACUCGUUUAUGUGGUGACGUGGUGGAGGGCGGUCGCAUGGCUCUGGAUAACAAAACCUCAUUACUGAACACGCCAUCCCCACCGUCCUUUGCUGGCCCACGGUUCCGGGACUAUAACCCCUACAACUACAGUGAUGGCAUCAGCAUGAUGGACAAGGGGGGACUGAAGGAGGGCUUGCUGGAUGAAAGUGGUCGCCACCCAGAAUCUGUGGAGAACAAGAUCAUGAAUCCAAAAGGUUACCAAGGUGGAGGAGCAGCAGAGCAGCUGGAGCUGGUAGCAGAGCUGCUGAAGGAGCUGUCGUCAACACAGGUCGGUGAGCGGAACCCUGAGGACAGGCGUGCCACGCUGCUGGAGCUGCUGAAAGUGGCACGUGAGGACAGCGCCGCCGUGUGGGAGGAACACUUCAAAACCAUGCUGCUGUUGCUGCUGGAGACCUUGGAGGACCGAGAUCACACCAUUCGAGCCCUUGCACUGCGCGUCCUCCGGGAGAUUCUGCGGAACCAACCGGCUCGCUUCAAAAACUACGCUGAGCUCACCAUCAUGAAGACGCUGGAGGCCCACAAGGACUCGCACAAGGAGGUUGUGCGAGCAGCAGAAGAGGCUGCGUCCACUCUGGCCGGCUCGGCCCACCCUGAGCAGUGCAUCAAGGUCCUGUGUCCCAUCGUCCAGACGGCAGACUUCCCCAUCAACCUCGCCGCCAUCAAGAUGCAGACCCGAGCAAUUGAGCGUGUUACCAAGGAACCGCUGCACCAGCUUCUGCCGGAUGUCAUCCCAGGAUUACUUCAGGGAUACGACAACACAGAGAGCAGUGUGAGAAAGGCAAGUGUCUUCUGUCUGGUUGCCAUCUACUCAGUCAUCGGAGAGGAGCUGAAGCCCUACCUGGCUCAGCUGACAGGAAGCCAGAUGAAGCUGCUAAACCUGUACAUCAAGCGAGCCCAAACUUCAGCCAGCAACAGCAGCAGCUCCUCUGACAUUUCAUCCUACUGAGACACUCACCAACACCUGCACACACUUGUGUUAGUCCACAUUAGAAUUACGAGCCUUAAAGAUUCCUAAAAAUCUUUUCAGCCUGAAGACAAAUUUGACUGAAAUAUUGUGGAGGAUUUAUCAGUAUUUCACACAUCAUCUCCCCCCCCUUCUUCUCCUCCUCCACUCAAACAUAAUCAAUUUUCAUGAUCUGUAUCUGGAAUGUAAAGACUUGUGACUGAAGGACCCGAAGCGCUGGAAAGUUGUCUUCGUCUGUGUGAAGAAUUUCCUUUGCAUCUGCUGUUGAACGUGUGUAGUGAAGCCCUGCUCCCCUUUAACUGACGUAGAACACCUUUUUGUUUUGUUUUUUGGCUCCUGCAGUUUUUUGUGUUCUGUAAAAAUAAAAGUCAUUUUAGAACUCAUCAGUGCUUAUCCAUGUUUUUAAAUCAACAAUAAAACGGAACGUCCUUGUACACUUGUGUGCUUGC